AAAUCAAUCUAUCAAUAAUUCAUCCCUGUAAUAAAUUGUGCUCAAAAGCUUCUCAAGUCGCACUCUCCAUCACACAAUAAUAUCUUCAUCCCCACACUCACUCACCAUCUCUGCUCUGCUAAAUCCCCGAUAAUAAUCGAUUCCCUCUUCACCUCAGUUGCAGUUGAUGUUUCCAUUUCCCCACGUUUUGAGUAAUUCCGAUUGCCCAGCGCUCACAACCACUGCAAGUGGUUGGCCGGAAUUCUUUUCCCUCCUCUGAAAUGGCUGAUGCGAUUAAAUUAUCCAACAGUUCUCAGAGAUCUCCCUAUUCAAUUUCCAGUUUUGUCUCUUCGUCUUUGAGCUCUUGCCGCAGCGCUCGUUCCCCCAAUCGAACCGGACUUCGUGGAAAAGUGCUUUCUGUUUCGAGCCUUUCUUCUGCCGCCGGCGGUAUUGUUUCUCCGAUUCCGUCGCGGUGUCGCAAGCAAUUGGGGCCAUCAAAGAUACAAGCAACUGUUACUGAAACCGAGCAGCCGAAGUGGUGGGAGAAAAAUGCCGGCCCAAACAUGAUUGAUAUUCACUCGACGCAGGAGUUUUUAAAUGCCUUGAGCGAAGCCGGGGAUCGUCUAGUCAUCGUCGAGUUCUAUGGAACGUGGUGCGCAUCUUGCCGAGCACUCUUUCCCAAGCUUUGCAGGACGGCUGUCGAACAUCCCGACAUCCUGUUCUUGAAAGUCAAUUUCGACGAAAACAAGCCCAUGUGCAAGAAUUUGAACGUCAAGGUUCUUCCGUAUUUCCAUUUUUACCGCGGUGCGGAUGGCCGGCUCGAGGCCUUUUCUUGCUCCCUCGCCAAGUUCCAGAAAAUUAAAGACGCCAUCGAGCUACACAACACUGCUCGCUGCAGCAUCGGCCCUCCGGCCGGCGUUGGCGAACUUAACCUCGAAAGCCCCUCCCCUCCAAAGGAGAAACUUCCGGAAUCAUCCGGAACAUAGCCGCCGUCGAUCGCCAUGCUGCCUUCUUGGUCGACCCUCCGGCUGUUUAUCCGGUCACCGGAAUGGGUAACAGAGUUCGUUAUUUGUAUCUAUAUGAAUAAAACUGUAUCGACUGAGUCGGGUAGGGUACAGAGCUUAUUUGGUAAAAAUAUCGAUUAAAUUAAAAAAGAAAAACGGUAAAUCCUUGAUUGUAGGGUAAAAGUUAGAAACGAAGGGUUAAAAAGAGUGAAAAAAAAAAAUUAACCAAAAGAUAGAAA